GUGCAUGACAUCGCCUAUGGCGGCCGAUUCGUCCGUUGAGACGCGCGUGCAGCGUCUGGUUGAGGCGCAGGCCCGUAUGAACAAGCUGCUCAACGAACCUGAGCAGCACUGGGCCAACGAGUGUGAGACGGUAUUCGCGCAAUUCCGCCAAGCAACAGUGCACCUCAAGAACUUUCAGCAGGCUUUGGACGACGUGGAUGACAAGGACGCGGCGGCGGAUCACCGCCUUCAUGGUCAAGUUCUGCCGGGACCGGCCUCCCUUCCAGAAGCGCUCGGAGGAGGUGCUGAAGAUCCUCCUGGGGAGUGA